CUCGGUGACGCUGCGUUCCAGUUGUCGCAGACUGACGUGGACGAUAACACGGAUGUGGAUUCAGUGCGAAGUUUUCACGUCUUUUCUCGGCACCGACACCGCGGACCGACAGAAAUGGAGCCAUUGGCCCCCAUGCGGCUCUACACGCUGUCUAAGAGGCAUUUCGUCCUGGUCUUCGUGUUGUUCCUGAUCUGCUUUGCCCUCACAGUCUUCAUUGGGAUUGCAGGUCCUAGAAUUAUUUCUGAGCAAGAGCACAAUGGUUAUCAGUUGCUUCUUAAGAACAUCUCAGUUAAGACUGGACCCUUCAAUCUAGUUUCCCCUCCCCUCACCACCUACAACCAGCAGCUAUGGCUCACCUGUGUGAUGCAGGCUGAACACAGCAACAUGGGAGACUUCCAGCAGCCGAUCGUGAUCAAUGUUGAUCUGAAGGGAGUGAUGCAGGACGCCAGUGUGAUGCGCUUAAAAAACGUGCGGCAGAAAUCCCGAACGCUUCACUGCGGGACAAAAUGUGAUGAGAUCAUUGUGCUCCAUCUGGGCUACCUGAACUACACCCAGUACAAAGUCAUGGUCAGCUUCAAAGGCCUUGAAAAUAUCACAUAUGAAAUCAAGGUCAAGUUUGUGUGGAAAACGUACAACCCCACCUUCUCGCAAGUGGAGAUCUGGUUCCGGUUUGUCUUUGUGGUGUUGACCUUUAUGGUGACGUGUUUGUUUGCACACUCACUGAGGAAGUUCUCCAUGAGGGAUUGGGGCAUAGAACAGAAGUGGAUGUCUAUCCUGCUCCCUCUGCUGCUUCUCUACAAUGAUCCUUUCUUCCCGCUGUCAUUCCUGGUGAACAGCUGGUUUCCAGGAACGUUGGAUGCUUUCUUUCAGGCUCUGUUCCUGUGCGCCCUGCUGCUCUUCUGGCUCUGUGUUUAUCAUGGCAUCAGAGUCCAGGGUGAGAGGAAAUGUCUGACGUUCUACCUGCCUAAGCUGAUCAUUGUAGGACUUCUGUGGCUCUCAGCAGUUACACUGGGAAUAUGGCAAACGGUUAAUGAACUCCAAGACCCUACCUAUCAGUAUAAAGUGGACAUAGUAAACUUUCAGGGCAUGAAGAUCUUCUUCCUGAUUGUAGUGGCCCUCUACAUCCUCUACCUGAUCUUCCUGGUUGUCAGGGCCUGUUCCGAACUCAAGAACAUGCCUUAUUCAGAUCUGCGGCUCAGGUUUUUGACAGCGCUGACGUUUGUGGUCCUUAUUAUCAGCAUGAUCAUUCUCUACCUGAGGUUUGGCUCCAAGGCUCUCCAAGAGAAUUUUGUUGCUGAACUGUCGACGCAUUACCAAAACUCAGCUGAAUUUUUAUCAUUCUAUGGCCUGCUCAACUUUUACUUGUACACAUUGGCGUUUGUGUAUUCCCCCUCCAAAAAUGCCCUUUAUGACUCCCAGCUGAAGGAUAAUCCUGCUUUCUCCAUGCUGAAUGACUCAGAUGAUGAAGUAAUAUACGGGAGCGAUUACGAAGACAUGCCUUUACAAAACGGACGCGCUAUCAAAGCUACCGCCAAGUACCAGGAUGAGAGUGACAGCGACUAAUGGGAUCUCUGUGUCCCUGUCGGACACUAUGAGAACACAGUACAACAAACUAUCAUGUGUGGUGGUAAAUAAGGAUUACUCGCAUUGGUACUACGCAAAUUAUAUACUGUAAGUGUACAUAAAUCUAUUUUUAAAAAAAGGAGAAGUUCCAUGUCGAUUGAAUGUACUGUACUUUGAUUGAGAGUUGGGGCAUGUGGACACUUUUUCUUCAUUGUUUAUGUCUCAUUCAGAAGCAAAGGAAACAAAACUUUUUUUCCCUCACAACCAGCAUUAACCGCUAAUGUUUUUGUGUAAAAUUAAUGUUAUUAUUAAUGCUUUGUGUUGAACCACUGUUGUCUCUCUGUACUUGCACUUUGUUUUUUGCCAUUCCUUUCUGCUCUCUGACAGUCGAAGAUGAAUAGGAGAAUACUAAAUAUCUGGCCAAAGCUGAGUAACAUUAAACUGGUGGUAGAGAUUUAAGGAAACGUGUGCUGCAGAAGCCGUAAGUGCGCUCUUAACGCUGCAUUGUGACUCGCCAGCACUGACGUGAUUGAUGAACGGGGGAUUUUAAGUGCCAUAGCAGUGUUGGCUGUUGACUAAUAAUACUAAUAAUUCUCUUUUGUCUUCAGACAUGUUUAAGAAAAUACAGAGAGAGCCUUAACUGGAGUGGGUACCACUGAAAUCUUACCAAUUCUUCCAUUGGAAAGAAGCUUUGUCAUUGCACUUGUUGAAGAAUUGUAUUUAUUUUGCCAAAAAGUAACUACAUUUGAUACUGUAUUAUCCGACUACCUGGAUUGAUUGAUUUUGAUGAACUGCAUGGAUUUUACACAACCUUAUGUAAAUGUACUACUGAUCUAUCAUGUUGAACAUUUCUCAUCCCAGCACAUACAGUAGUUAUACCAUCGGCCAAAUACAUCUUUCUUUUCUAGAACGUAUUAUUUUAAGUAAUUGUUUUUUCUCCUGUAUUUUUCCUUAUAUUGCCUACAGUAUGAGACUGGUUGCCCUUUACUUUUGUUUUAUAAAACUGGAGCUUAUGGACAAAAAAACACCCAAAACAAAUACGCUUCUGUUCUUUACAAAUAAUAUUACGACCUGUAUUCUAAUUAAAACGGUGCCUUGUCGUUACAUCACUCUUUUCUUCUAAAUGGGCUCCAGUUUCAAAUUUGUAAAUGCUUUGAUAUAAAUGUAUAUUUCCGAUUCUUUCAGUGUGAAUGUAGCUUAUGAUCGUUUAAGGUGUUCAAAUGAGGUUGUUGUGGGUCUCGAUAUGUUGGAGGUUUUUGUUGCUUUAUGAGAUAAAAGCUGUACAUGUAGCAUUUUGUCAUGUCACAUGUAAAUAAAGCAAAGUACAUACAGCA